AUGGCUAACGCUGUAAAUUUGCUGUCCAGACGGCGAACCCUGGAAGAAAAAAUUCAGCGAGUUAUAGCAUUUGCUGAUAAUUUUGUGCCUGAGCGGGAUGAAUUUAGGCUUGGCUUGUUCAUCUCCGACACCGAACGUGUUGCAGCAGAGUUCGAUACAGUGCAGCAGUUGAUCGAGGAUGGAGCAGCACCCGAAGCGCGCGAAAUGGAGAGCCAUUUUCGCGCUACGACUGAGGACGCCUUAAUGGCCGCGAGGGCCAGCCUACAAGCGUUGUCGCGGCCAUCGUAUAAUGCUAUUCCCGCCUCAUCGACCAUUGCUACAUCUGGAGUGAGGCUGCCAACCAUUUCUCUUCCAGAAUUUGACGGCAAUGAGAUGCAAUGGGCGACAUUUCGGGACACUUUUGAAGCACUAAUCCACUGCAACGAAGAGGUGCUAACUAUCCAAAAGUUCCAUUAUCUUCGAGCUGCGCUCAAGGGUGAAGCUGCAAAGUUGCUGGAAUCGAUUCCGUUGUGUGCAUCUAACUACAACAUUGCCUGGAAAUCGUUGGUGGACAGAUACGCCAACGAGUAUCUACAAAAGAAGCGUCAUCUACAGGCAAUGUUCAACAUCGGCAAGGUGACCAAGGAAUCGAACGCAUCGUUGCACAGGCUGGUUGACGAUUUUGAUCGUCACGUUAAGAUGCUGCAUCAGCUUGGCGAACCAACAGCGCAAUGGAGCACCGUGCUAGAAUAUGUGUUGUGCAUCAAGCUUCCCGAUGAGACGCUACGGACGUGGGAAGAUUAUGCUUCCACCCUCAGCAGCCCGAACUACAGCAUGCUAAUUGAGUUCCUGCAAAGAAAAAUGAGAACAUUAGAAUCGAUUUCUAUGAACCAUCCGGCAACGAGAGAAGCUACUCAUCCUAGUUUUGUACGGCGAGCCCCACAGCACCUUUCUUCCUGCUCAACCAUGGCGAGCAGUUCAAAAGGUGCCCGCAUUGCCAGCAUGAUCAUGCCUUAA